UGAUUUUAAUAUACAUUUCCAAAUUUUAUAAUUAAUAUUAACAAUCAUAAUUACUGGGUACCGAUAUAUCUAUAUAGAUCUACAUAACCUUAGAAAUGAAGAAAUUUUUUAAAGGAAGAUUUGUUCAGCAGUUUUUACCAUUUAUAAUACUCAUUACAGGAGGUUCAUUUGUUAUUCGGGAAUUUGUAGGCCUAAAAUAUAAAUAUCCAAAAGUUACGUCACACGAUUUAGAUGUAGAAAUUAAGAAAAAAGGUAUUGAAAUGAAAAAGCCUCGUACUCUCGAAGAGGAAUAUGAGAUAAUAAAAACUUUGGAUAUUGAUAAUUGGGAAAAUAUUCGUAUAUCACGACCAUGGGACGAAUCAAAUGUAAAUAAUUGAGAUUUUACUUAGAAGAAAUUUUCACUUUAAGAAGAAAAAGAACAUAUGUACAUGUCUAUAUGUAUAUAGUAUUUAUAAAAAAUUAUCGUAGGGUACUAUAGUUAUAAUAAAGACUG